AUGAGAAUCUUGGCCACGGUGGGUUCAGACUUCGACCUGAGAACACUGCGGGCGGUCCGAGUGCUGAGACCCCUGAAACUUGUAUCAGGAAUCCCAAGCCUCCAGGUGGUCCUGAAGUCCAUAAUGAAAGCCAUGGUUCCUCUGCUUCAGAUCGGCCUGCUGCUCUUCUUCGCCAUCGUCAUGUUCGCCAUCAUCGGGGUGGAGUUCUACAUGGGCAAGUUCCACACCACCUGCUUCAGGACCGACACCGGGGAGAAAGCAGCGGAUUGGCCGUGCGGCCUGGAGCCUCCGGCCAGGACGUGUCCCAACGGGACGCAGUGCAGAGAAUACUGGACCGGACCCAACUUCGGCAUCACCAACUUCGACAACAUCCUGUUUGCGGUGCUCACUGUGUUCCAGUGCAUCACCAUGGAGGGCUGGGUGGAGAUCCUCUACAGCACGAACGAUGUGGCAGGAAACACCUGGAACUGGCUCUACUUCAUCCCUCUCAUCAUCAUCGGGUCCUUCUUCAUGCUCAACCUGGUGCUCGGUGUCCUGUCGGGAGAAUUUGCCAAAGAAAGAGAGCGAGUGGAGAAGAGGCAGGAGUUCCUGAAGCUUCGGAGGCAGCAGCAGAUCGAACGAGAGCUGACUGGAUACUUGGAGUGGAUCUGCAAAGCGGAGGAGGUGUUGCUGGAGGAGGAGGAUGAGAUUGCAGAGGAGAAGUCUCCGCUGGACGGUGCGUGGUACAAGAGGAAACAAAACCUUCCAGUUCUGAAACGAGGCAAAGCCAAGAAAGGUAAAAACGACCUGAUCGGUGCAGAGGAGGGGGAGGAUCCUUUCGCCGACAUCUCCUCCGUCGCUCCCCCCGGCUCUCCCUUCGGCCGAGCCAGCGUGAAAAGCGGCGGUAAGAUGGACAGCUCCUCGUACUUCCGCCGCAAGGAGAAGAGGAUCCGCUUCUUCAUCCGACGCAUGGUGAAGGCCCAGAGCUUCUACUGGAUCGUUCUGUGUCUGGUGGGUCUCAACACGCUGUGUGUGGCCAUCGUUCACUACGACCAACCCGACUGGCUCACGACGGCCCUGUACACAGCAGAGUUUGUGUUUCUGGGUUUGUUCCUGAGUGAGAUGACCUUGAAGAUGUACGGCCUCGGAGUGCGGAACUAUUUCCAUUCCUCCUUUAACUGCUUUGAUUUCGGGGUGAUCGUGGGAAGUAUCUUUGAGGUGAUCUGGGACAUGAUUAAACCCGGAGCGUCGUUUGGGAUCAGUGUGUUAAGAGCCUUGCGACUGCUCCGGAUAUUCAAAGUCACCAAAUACUGGAACUCGCUGAGGAACCUGGUGGUGUCCCUCCUGAAUUCCAUGAAGUCCAUCAUCAGCUUGCUCUUCCUCCUCUUCCUCUUCAUCGUGGUCUUCGCUCUGCUGGGCAUGCAGCUCUUUGGAGGACA